CACCGACUAAAUAAUAAAUGAUGUAUUACAGCAACUGCUAAACAUUUUGAACCAGUGGUAUAGUUUUGCACGUCAUAUCAUUUGCAUAUUUACAAUAUACGCUCACACUAAAAAAAUUUUUUUAAGUUACCUCAAGGCUCAAAUCAUCAUUUUUUUAAAGUUCGCAUACGAUUUUUACAUAACUGUAUAUAUCAGCCAAAAUGGUUCUAUUGCCGCCAAAUGAACAACACGAACAAGCUAUCAAGAAUCUGUACUUCUACAAAGACCCUAAAGAUGUUGAAGAAGAUAUUGACGCAUUGAUUGAAUGGUUGUCUAAACAACCACAUUUACCUAAUAUUACAGACCGAGUAUGGUUGAGACAUUUCCUCAUUGGCCGUAAAAAUAAUUUGCAAAGGACGAAGAAAGUUAUUGAAUCAUACUUUACGAUUCGUGUAGAAGUGCCGGAACUUUUCAACGACAUGUCGAGUGAUGCUGAAUGGAUUCAAAAAGCUGUUAAAAUUGGAAAAAUGUCAGUAUUACCAAAAAUGACACCGGAAGCAAAUCGCGUGCACAUUAUUCGUUCAAUUGAAAACAACGAUGGAGACUUUGAUGCGAUGGCUAUGUGUAAAGGAUCAUUGAAAAUMAUUGAUUAUUUAAUGCGCCGAGAACCCGUAUACGGAUUGGUGUUUUUGCUCGAUCUCAAACAUUGUCAACUGUCUUAUUUAUUAAGCUUUACGCCUACAUUGACGAAAAAUCUAAUGCGGUGCAUAGACGAAGCUACGCCAUUGCGAGUAAGAGGUGUCCACUACGUAAAUCCACCAAAGUUUGUGUCGCGUUUGGUGAAUUUUUUUAAACUGUUCAUGCCAUCUAAAAUUCAAAACCGAAUUGUCAUUCACGAAACCUACGAUACACUUUACGAAUACAUUCCCAGAGAUGUGUUACCGGAUGAAUACGGCGGUACCGCGGGUAGUAUCGAGAAAUUCGAAGACGACAUCAUGAGAGCGACAAAAGAAGAUGAUGAAUGGUACAGAAAUAUUCCAAAAGCAGAUUUAUCGAAACGACCAGUACAAGCGAAAAAGAUUGAUAUGGACAUGAGUGGUACGUUUAAGAAAUUGGAAAUCGAUUGAACCACAUCUUAUUAAUAUGCUGAAGAAAAUAUAAUGUCGUUCAAGGUAGACUAUAAAUUAUACUAGAGAUUUUACGUAUUUGGUGAAUAUAUAGAUAAAUGAAUUCUGUUUAUAAAACACAAAAUGCUAUAGUUAUUAAGUAUGCCUACCUACAACACAUAUAGCAAUAUCCACGGAUAACGGGAUAAACGUGGUAUACAUUUUCAGUUUACUAUACUUAUUUAAUUUUAAUAUAUUUAUUUGUUUAGAUAUAGAAAACAUUAUUAUAUUUUUAACUUAAAAAAUUAUUGUUUUUAUAUAAUAUUUAAAUGUAUUUUUCGGCCAGCAAAAAGUUACUGAAUAGUAUUAGUCGGUAAGGUUUAAGGUUUGUGGUAAUCGCUAAUUGAUUAUUUCGUUGAACAUUAUUUUUUAUUUUGAGAUCUAUAAAAACAAAAAUUAUAAUCAAAUUUAUAUUGUGUGUCUUAUGAUUAUUUUAUAAUAAUUAUGCUAACAACUACUUCUCAUGGCAACAUGGACGGUAAUAAAACACGAAUAUAUUACUAUAAUAAUAGUAUUUUAUACUUGUAUUGGUAUCUAAUAAGUUAUAGCUUUUAAGUUAAUAGUUAUGAUGUGUAUUUUAAUUUAUAUGUACCAACAAACAUUUUAAGAYGAUUUUAAAUUUUAAAACGAUCA